AUGUUAACUCUUUUUAGAAAAAAAUUUGAACUGAUAGAUCAUAGUAAAAGUAGUCAAGAUGAAAACAACCAAAAUGAUGAUACAAUUGUUCAAGACAAUUAUGAAAAUUACCAUAAAAAUGAACAAGCAAAUUAUAAAAGUGAUCAAAGUAAUCAAAGUGAUCUAGUAGUAUCUUUGUCUAAUCAUGCAAAAAA